AUGAGGGCCUCUUUCCUCAUCUCGGCCGUCGCGCUGCUGAUGGUCGGAGCUGCCGCGCCCGCCCUGGCUCUGUCCAAGGGCGACUGCUACGUGGAGCUGCCCCUGGACACUGGCGCGUUUGUGGGUCUGGACUCCGGCAAGUUCGAGAAGACCGUGCGCUUUGCGGACGCCAACGGCAGGAACAGGACCACCAAGGUCACCGUCAACCAGAAGUCUGCUGACAACAGCCAGCGCGGCGCCGUCACCGGCAAGAUCGCGAUCGUCUUCCCGGCGGGCUCCAUCUGCAACUUCACCAACGACUCGCUCAACAAGAAGAACGCCGCCUACCCCGACCUGGUCAAGGCUCUGACCGGCCUCACCGUCGGCGGUUACACCAACGGCAGCUUUGGCGGUGAGAUCCUGCAGGCCCUCAUCAGGGCGGAGCGUGCUGGGGCGCUUGCACGCCCGGCUUGA